AUUGUUUGUAGUACAGAGCCGCAACAAAAUGGCUGUCGAUUAUUGUAAAGAUUUCAUUGUUCUAAAAUGAAAAGUAAAUUGUGGAUGAAAGAGUUCUAAUUUGAUAUUUAAAUCUGAAUGCUUUCUUCAGUUAGAUGUAAUGAAAGAGUAACUCAUCAAGUCUAAUUAAUAUAUAAUCAAGUCUCUCUAGCUUUGAAGAGGAAUAUUAAUUGAACUACUUGCAUUGAAUAAAAAUGUCUGACCAACAAGCUCAGCAGGCACCUCAGCAAACGGUCCAGUCCAGCCCAGUCCAGCAACCCCAACAACAGCAAACUCAAACACACAGCCAGCCACAAAUGGUCCAGCAGGUUCAGCAACAACAACAACAGCAGCAGCAGCAACAACAACAACAACAACAGAUUCAUCAGCAGAUUCAACAACAGCAGACACAACAGCAGCCCAGAGUGUCUAAUGUGGGGACUGUGUCUAUUCAGGGGAUGGUGGCGCCCCAGGCCCAGACACCACAGCCCACGCUCACUGCUUCUACUAAUGUUCUUCGGGCAGGCACACCUAUCCCUCAGCUCCAGUUCAUCUCCCAGUUCCCUCCACAGUACUCUUACAUGCUACAGAAUCCUAAUGCUAUAGCUAUGCAAUUUUCACAACUUAAUUACGCCAUGCAGCAACAACAGCAGCAGCAACAGCAACAACAACAGCAGAGAGCUGCAACCACUGCUAACCCUGGAAGUCCUGGUGGAAUUCUCUCUCCUACAGCAGCCACUCAAAUGCCCACCCACAUUUCACUGGGGAAUGGAAGCAACAUCAUCACUGGAACCAUGCAGGGCAUGUUGGCGCAAGGUGCUGUAGCAAGUGGUAAUGCUAAGUCACAAAGUGCUGGUGGCAAAGGUCAGACCAUUCAGGGCCAAGGCCAGAAUACCAGUGCUGCUAUAGCCUCCAUGGUGUCUAAGAAUCCCACUGUCUUACCCGCCCAACAGACUGCAGGCACCCCCAUGGUGCUGGGCCAGAUUUUUUCAAGCCAAGCCAACACCAACUUGGCUAGUAGCUAUGUGCCUCAGUGCACCACAAUGAACAGCCAUCAGGGAGGAAUCAGACUGAACCAGGCCCAGGUGGUCAAUAGUGCUGGACAGAUCAUCACCUCUCAGCCGGUGCAGGGCAUCCUGACCAAUCAGGCCAUCAUGCAGGCCAUGGCCAACCUGCAAAUGCAACAGGGUAUCCCCAUUGCCACGGCAACAGGCCACCAGCAGAUUAUUAAUCAAGGCCAGGCUCAGAUGCCACAGGCCAUUUUCACAGGACAAAACUUUUUAAUCAGGACUCAGGCACCCAUCCAGCAACAGCCUAUCACCAUGGCCAACAUGCAAGCUGCAGCAUUCACUGCUGGAUUAAAGCCUCAGAAUCAGCAGCAGCAGCAACAACAGCAACAAAUGCAACAACAGCAGCAAGUUCAAGGUCAACAAACACCUAAGGGUAAUAAUGCUGGCAAAAUCAUACUACCCUCUGUGAAUCGUACUCCAGUUACAGCUAAAAUCCAGCCCAAUGUUACCCAGCCCAAUAAAGUCAGUGUGCCGGCUGUGCCCAGGCAACCAAAGCCUCGUCCCAAGGCUCAGCCCAAGACACCGACAUCUACAGCCUCUGUCUCACCCUUGACCCCUGCUAAUAAGGUCAGCAGCACCUCUGCCCCCACCGUCACCAGCGUCACAGUGUCAGCCCCAUCCACUCCUGUUACUGCAGUUGUCAUGUCCAUGCCAUCAUUGACAGUGACACAGGCAUCCCCCAUUCGCCAAAGUCCUGCGGCAGUGGUGGCAUCAGUUGAGGGUGCUGAAGUCAAUGCCCAAAGAUUGUCACAGAAUACUGCACAGACACCUCCAGCACCCAAGCCAGUAACAGAAGCGGAGGUUGAACCAAUGAAAAUACCCGCAGCCUCCCCAGCCAGUGAUACAUCUCAGAAAGACAAGAUAAAAACUACCGUUGUGUCAUCGUCCUCAACUGUUACAAGUACAGUUGCGGCAGUCCCAGCUCUAAAGAACAACUCAAGUAGUCAUGGCGUUACCUCUCCACCUCCCCUUGUCUCACCUCCUCCUAUUCCUAAGGCAGCCAGCGUGGAGUCAACACCUACUGGUGUCAGAAUGACUAUUGAUGACAUUGUGUUGGAGGAGAAGCCCAAACUGUCUGAGAUAGUUAAGCAGAGCCCCUCCACCAUCGACCCUGCGGCCAUGGAGGCAGCAGGCCUGACCACUGUUAUCAAGGAGAGUAAGCCUGUCAUUCUGCCCUUACCUGUUGUAGAGAAACAGAGGGCGAUUGUGAAGCCUCAGAUACUAACUCACUUCAUUGAAGGAUUUAUUAUACAAGAGGGACUCGAACCUUUUCCAGUUCAGCAGUCGUCAUUACUGCAAGAGUUUAUUCCACCUAAAGCCAGUCUACAAAUAGUGAAAGAAUCUGAAGAGGAGGGAACUAGUUAUGAUGAUGAGCCGCCAACUUUACUCAGCCAAGUUGAUGCUCACUUGUCCAGCACUCAGUUAAUCUCCCAUUUCCCUCAACGAAAAGAUGACCAAGAGCAGCAGAAGUCACCAGUCAAACUUCUCAAGUGUGAGAUGUGCCAGAAAGUCGGCCCAGCUUCCACUUUUAACAACUCCAGGAGGUUUUGUUCUCUGACUUGUUCCAGGCGUCACAGUGUGAGCAACAGCAGGCGUGUUGGAAUUUACAAAUCUAGGGGAACUGCUAGAAAGCGUAAGCACAUACUUGGCCGCAAGAACUGGAGAGUGUCUAAAGGAGUCAGGCUGCCUUUUGCCAUGGCCUCAGGCAACAGUACCACUAAUCCAGACAACAAUGAAGACAGCAACACAGCACCUGUGGGUGAUGAAAUGAGCAGCUCCAACAGUGCUCAGGACACCAGCUCAUCUGCUGCCUCGCCGUCCAGGUCACAAGACUUUGAAAUGGACAUGGAGGCCAACAUUCCACGCACUGACCCAGGGAAAUGGACUGUCACUGAAGUCUAUGAGUUUAUCCAAUCUAUGCCAGGCUGCAGAGAAUAUGCCGAGGAAUUCCGCUCUCAGGAGAUUGAUGGCCAGGCCUUACUGUUGUUGAAAGAGGAUCACUUGAUGACUGCCAUGAAUAUAAAAUUGGGUCCAGCCCUCAAAAUCUGCUCCAAGAUUAAUUCACUCAAGUCUGAAAAUACCCCGUCAUAAUGUCUACUUUAACUGACAAUAUGGUCAUCUCAACACUGCAUUACCUGUCAGUCAGGGCCUUUGGUGAUAAUGGAAGAAACAUUUCAGGGAUUCCUAAAGUGUGUGAUGUUAUGUGCCCUAUCUUUCAUUGGAGACAAGAUUAACUUAGUAGUUAACAUUUUGAGAUUAGAUCAACUGUUCACUGACAGUUGGGGGGGGGGAUAUACUUUUGUUUUCCCUGUAAAUAUAAUCAAAAGGUGAAGGAGUUGAUAAAGAGAGUUAGUGUCUGGAUCAGUGAACAAGAAGCUGAAUAUCUGCACCAUGGUCAGAAGCAGCAAUAGCUCAUCAUUGUUAUGGUCUUGUCCUGUACUUACUUAAGGGGCAUAAGGCAGCAUACCUCACCACAAAGAAUGGUCAUAGGCGACUUUCUCUGCUUUUUUCCCAGCCGUCGCCCACAGAUUUGAGAUUUUCCAAGAAGGUGCUACACAUUAUAAUUUUGUGUGAGGAUUUUUAUUUUCUGUGUCAGGUGCAGGCUUGUUAUGGUUAGGCACAGAAAGCAGUGAUCCUUUGACUGCUAAUUUGGAUCAGCUUGACUGUGUCAUGUAUUGGAUGACAUCUAGGGCUAGAUCUCUGGUGUAUACAGUACAGCUUCAAAAUUUGCACAUUGUUGCAUUAGGCAAUGGCAUUAACUGAUUAUCUAAACACAAACAUAAAAUCUAAACACUAACAUAAAAUCUAAACACAAACAUAAAAAAACUGCAAACAUAUCAAAUAGUUGUAGAAUUGUGUAAAUAGUGUGUGUGUGUAAAGUUUUUUCAACAGUAAUCUAUUUGUAACACUAUAUCAACAUUUGUUGUGUUUAUAGUGCCAGGUCUAUAUCAACAGAGAUAAUGAAAUAAUAAUUGUUGAAGAUAAGAAUAGUACAGAAUUCUUUAUGUACAAAUAAAGAAAAACAAUAAACACAAUGAUGGCAACAUAGUGUUUACAUGUGAGACACAAGCUUUAGCUACAUGGACCAUUCCAGCUGUGAAUAAAAUUCUUGACUGGAAGAGCAAAGUUUAUAACUUGAAAAUGAUUUCAAUUAUGUUUAGAUUAAUUUCAUUUAAUGUUUAUAAAACCUGAUAAUGUCGGUCUAAGUUCUGUUAAAUUUUAAAGUUGAACAUUUAAAGUAGUUCAUUUGUUUGUCUUAGAAAAUGUUUCCAUCCCAGUAGAAAUACAGCCAAUGGAAUGGCCAUCUCCUGCUCCUUCCAUUCAGACUUGCUGUUUACAUUAAGUUCGUUCCAGUCUGUCUUAGAUCUCUCUCUGGGUUGAAAUCAUUUUUCUUAAUGAUUGUUACAAAUACAAACUUUAGUCUCUGUGAUGUCACAUUUUCAUACCAGAAACAAUUUCCCCCACAAAAUAAUUGCAGAGAAUAUGCUCUACAUAUAAGAAAACAAUUGGGUAGGAUGGUAUGUCACUUGUGAUGACUGGAAUGUAGCAUUCUUAUAUCAAAGUUUCAGUUUGUCAUUUUUUACAAUGAUUUUCUGCAGUCCAUUCUAAGCAUUAGUAUCAAGUUUUAACCUUGUAGGGUUAAAGUGAACAAAGAAUUUAUUGACUAAUUGACCACUCUUUCUCUUGAUUGUGUCUCAAUGUUAGGGUUGCCAAGUAAAUGGUCAGUAAGACAGAGAAGACGUGUAUCUGUAAUGUUUAAUCUGUACAAGUUCAUUGUUAGCUUCUUGCUAAUUAGCUUGGUGACGACUUCUGGCUGUAAUCUGUAUAUAAUGAUGUACAUAUUUCUAUGUAUGGAGACUAGUGUAGGGGAUUGCUUGAGCAGUGUGGUGUGUGUGUGUGUGUAUAAUAGAUGAGCUGAAUGUGUGUUUGAUAAGUUGUGUGAAUGGUGACAUGCUGUUUCUGACAUUUAGUUGUUGUCAGUACUUCCCCCCGCCCCUCACUGCCUUGUGUAUGUAGACCAUCUAUUUUUAUAAUGAGGUUUGCCAAUGGACUACUAAGGAACCCUUAGGUUCUGAGUUGAAUAUUCUGGAUGAAAUAUAUAUAAUUUGCUAUUAAUUGACGGGCUGCCAGGCAUUAACUCUAAUUUGAAGUUUAUUUUAUUUUGUGGAAAGGCGCCUUAGGUGCAUAUGUAAAAAGUUUUCUUCCUGUAACAUAUUGUUCAUAAGUAAGCUAUGGAAUGAAUAUUUAGUUGACAUACAAAUGAAUCUGUCAGGGAGCUCCUUGUGCUUUAUAUGUUUUGUAAUUAGAUACAAUAACUGCACUCAAACAUUGAACAUUCUGUAUGUAUUGUUGACAUUGAACUGAAUCCGCCAUGAAGAACAAUUUUUGUAAGAUCUGAUUAGUCUUUGGAAAAUAUUUUUUUUUUUAGACACAUUUUUUCUUUGUUAUUUAAGCAAAUAAUAAAAGCACAACACAGAACAUUAAGAUGGUUUCUAGAACUAAGUAAAUAUAAAAAAAAACACAAACUAUUUGUUUAGUAGCCUAUGAAUGAAUAGAGUUCAUUCUAAGCCAUACUUUUGUGUCACAAGGUCCAUUAUUACUCAGCUUAACAUUCAGUGUCAUUGAUUCUCUGUAAACCUUUCUAACCCAUGUACAUUUGUGAACCAAAUAAAUCAGUUUUUUUUGUUGCAA